AUGAAUCCCAAGUACACUCUUGCAAUGCUUUGGCCAACGGCCAUUGCAGCCCUCACUGUUUCCAACUCUUCAUCUUCUAUUCUCUUGGAUAACCAAGACCAAAUCUUCUCAGUAAAUGACACGCAAUAUCUGGCUGUCACUUCUGAUAUCCUUUCUUCAGUUUCAUACUCCUCAGAUCCUGCUCAGGGACCUGUUACCUACAUCUCCGGCCUAACCUCCAGUACUACUGGCGAUGAGCUUGAAGACGUUAUCAAGAGCUCAUUGGAGCAGGAUGAUGUUUUUUCUGAGACCUUCCUCGGAACCAUCCUCGUCAGCGCGGGUGAUGAAGGGGAUCUUGACUCUUCUGUCGUCAGCUACUUCAAUAGCCUCAGCGCAACUGUCAUCUAUGGAGGAGAGGAUGGCCCGAGUCUCUGCGGCAACUCUACCUUGACUCCCUGCCCAGUGUUUGGUCUUGCGAACGGCGAUACCCUCAGCUUGAGCAAAGUCUUCCGCUUGUAUGUCGAUACCUACAGAACAUUUAUGGUUGGCACAUACGAAGCGGGAGAUGGCUAUCGCACUUUACCUUACUCCAAUUCAGAAUGGGGCGCACCAUCUAUCCCCGUACCCUCGAGACUAUACAGCAUCGAAGAUGACAGACCUCUCGCUGGAAAGCGUAUUGGCGUCAAGGACAUCUAUGAUCUCGAGGGCAUACAGACAACAGCUGGCAGCUUAGCGUACGCCUCCCUUCACUCAAAGGCCGACACAACAGCUCCAGCCCUCCAGCGCAUCCUUGACCAGGGCGGAGUUGUGGUCGGAAAGCAGAAAACAGCCCAGUUCGCCUCACCUCAAAGCCCUUGGGACUGGAACGACGCGUUCUACCCUCGCAAUCCCCGCGGAGACACGUUCCUGACUUGCUCUGCGUCCUCAGCUGGAAGUGCCUGCUCUAUCGCUGCGUACGACUGGCUUGACUUUGCCAUCGGUACUGACACCGGCAAGUCUAUCAGAGAACCUGCUGCAGUUGCUGGUAUCUUCGGCAACAGGCCUUCACAGGGGAUGAUUUCCAUGGACAACAUUGUCACCAACGCUUUCAACACUGAUACAGCUGGUGUCUUUGCACGCGACCCUGUUGUUUGGGCCAAGUUCGCAAAGGCUUGGUACGAUCCUUCUCUUCACCAAGAUACAUCCGUCAAUGGACUGCCUGAAUUGUCAGUUCCCGAUGUCCAGACAUUCCCCAAACGCCUUCUGUACCCUACCGAUCAUCUGCCGAUGCAGAACCCAGCUGCUGAAGCUAUUCUGCAGAAGUUCCUGGAUGAUGUGACAGAUGCUGUUGGUGUCACUGUCGACAAGAUCAACUUGACGCAAACCAUCGAGGGCACUCUGGACCGCCCUCUACAGGGCAUGCUUGACGAUCUUACCGUGCUUUGGACCCACGACUUGAUCACUGAGACCGCCGAUCCACUUAUCUCCAAUUAUAGCCCCGGAUUUCCUCCCAUCGAUGAGCCUUACCGCUCAUUCUUCCGCAAUGCAGUGGUAGACGAUGCCAGCUACAAGUCUGCCAUGGCAAACCGCACUCGCGAUGCAGCCCUCUGGCACAAACAAGUUCUCUUCUCGACCAACAGCUCCUGCUCCGAGUCCAUCCUGCUCUACGACAUCGGCACAGGUGGCCUCCCAUCCUUUCGCGAGAAGGACUUGAAUGACUCCCCAGGAGCUGCAUCCCCCGUCGACCCCCGAGGUCCCAAAGCGGUAUCGACUAUUUCAUCUUACUUUGGGGACGUUGAUAUCACGGUCCCUAUUGGGCAGGUUACUUACCAGAGCAAUGUCACGUUCCAGGAGGAGGUUAUGCCAGUCACUGUUAACAUGGUUGCUAAGAGAGGAUGCGACUUUGUGCUGUUCAACCUUAUCAACAAGCUGGUUUCGAAAGGGGUCUUGGGCUCGGUGGAUACCGGAAAGCAGCCUUUCCAGGAGUGA